AUGAGGAGGCUGAGGCGCAGAGAGGUCGAACAUGUUGCCCACUUCACCAAAGAGGAGAAUGUGGCGUCGGCCCGCACAUCAGCUGCGCAGCCUGCUGUGGCCCUUCGGGGCUGCUCUCCGGAUACUGCCGUGCAAACUGCGCUUUCACGGUCUCAGUCAGCCACGCAUUGCAGGAUGGCCUUAGGCCCCCAACCUCCUGACUCAGCUGUACUGUCUGGCUCUGCUUGGAGGGUCAGCUUUCCUCCAUUAUUAUUUUUUUCUUUGAAAAUUGCUCCCUUGCUAAAAUAUAAUUUUUUUCUUAAUAUAUAUAUUUUAUUGAAGUAUCGUUGA